AUGUUUUUUCCGGUGAGACCUAAUCAACCUAAGAAGUCCAAAUCCUCCAAAUCCUCCAUCGUCACCACCAAACAAGGCCUGAAGCGUCCGUCCCAAGGACGCUCCUCCCGGGUAUCGUCGUCAACCAAGGAUCCCCAGCCUGAACCACCGGCUGCCUCCUCCACUUCUUCGAUCUCCCACACCGCACCACAACCACCCCGCAGGGCCUCGAUGCCUGGCGUCGAUACUGCCAUCUCGGGCACCGCCUCGUUCUUAGAGUCGAGGUCAAGCCUGCCCUACCCAAACUUCUCCAAAGCUCAUAGUAAGGAGGAUGUCCGUACCGCCAAUAUUCCUACCCCGGACCCCACCGAUGUGACCGAGCACGAUCAAGAUAAUGGCAAGGCCAAUGGAGCGGGUCACGCCCGUGCUGAGAACCCAAAAGCCCCUCCGAGUCCGCCCUUGACAGGUCUCAGUGACCAACCGACCUCUCGAAGGGGUAGUCCAGCCGUGGGUGAAGACGACAAGGCAUCGGACAAGGAUAAAGAAAAGGAAAAGACGAAGAAGAAAGCAUCCAACAUCAAAAUCAGAGCCGAGGUCAACAGAUCGUCGUCUAGUCUUCGUUCCAAGAGAGAUGAUGGAACAAAGUCAAGUAAGACGACUCGCGCAGAAACCCCCAAAUCAAAGUCAUCGUCGUCCAAACCCGAAAAGGAAUCCUCGUCGACGCGAACAGUCCAUAAAUCAUCCUCCAAAUCCAAGACCGAUGAGAAAAAGCCUUCCAAACGCUCCAGUCGCUCGACUUUGUCGCCGCAGCGGUCAAACAUCACUGUCCGGGAUGCCACCGCGGAAUCAACAAACGGAUCUGAUGCUACCUCCAUUGCCCCCAACCAACAAUAUACCGUACCACGCAAGCCGAUGACCCCUCCGACGACAAAGCCUCCCUCGCGCAACCAGAUUCGAUCCUCCAACUCCCAUCGACAUACCCCUAGCGAUGAAUCAAUCGACUACGGAAGACCGGUUGUUUCUAGCCCUGGUUUCGGUGGCCCUCCUCCUCCCCCACCGCCGCCCGAAAUGCCCGUGACGAUUCCCAGGGUUGAUUACUUGCUGAAAGAUGGCGGUCUGGAAAACAAAGUUCCCCGGACUCUAUUAGGUAACCCUGGUUUGACGGAUCCGUUCGCCCAGCAAGCUACUCAACCUCAACUAGCUGCUGCAAAGGUCUUCGAUCGGUAUAACCGUCUUCUCGAUGACUAUCAAAAAGUGAUGAGCAAGAGCGGCUCGUUGGCUGUCGCAACGGGUUACCGAUCUGUAGCUCGACGCCUGCUCGACAGGCUGGAGGCUGUCUUUGCGCGCGAUAUCUCGUCUGAACCAUGCAACUGUUUGAUGUGCGGGCGCGAACCAGAGGAGGAACCACAAGAGGCUGUGAGCUGGGGAGAAGUUCUCGAGCUUGUUUCGGGGCGUCGUGAGCUUCCUAUGUGGCCGCCGUUCAUCAUGGCGCAUUCAAGUCUAGAUUCCGAUUUGCCUGGGGAAGAACACAUCCCAAUGCAGAAGCUUGAUGUCGAUGUCCCUGAGGAGUACCGUGACCACUUCAUUCGGCAAUCUCGCAAGACGAAGGUGGCGGUAGACAAAUGGCUCUCGGAGCAAAAUGAAGACGCCAGCAGUGCACCCGACGAAGUUGAUGACGAGACUUUGACCUUCGCCAUGCUCACCCACCUUGAAUCUCACCAGCGCUCUUUGUUCUGCGCCCUUCUUGGUAUCAACUCCUCAACGCCCAUCCCACGAUCUGACGAUGAAAAACCUCGACCAAAACCCUCCGCCCUUGUCUCAUCCUCACUGGCAAUCCAAAGAUUAUAUCGACUUUCCUCUCUCCCCCGCGACCCUGAAGCAGCCAUGUUCAUGCUCAACAAUCCUGCUCUGCACCACGUCCUCGCCACACUAGCCGCGAUCAGCGACGAUGAAUGGGAGAUCCUGAUCUCCGGCCGGUUCGACGGCUUCCUCCGUAGCGGCGCAGAGGACUCCGUCCCUGCAUCAGGUUCACACUGGAACAGCAACCGCUCCAGUACACCCCUCACCACAGGCGGAAUCUCCCGCGGAGCAACACCCAACUACAUGGACAAGAGUCGACCGGCCAGUCAGCCAAACGGCAACCCUUCAUCGCCCGCAUCCUUCGGCGGCCCAAUCGCACUAGACGAAGAAAUGGAGAUCGCCGCACUGGCCGAAGUCGAACGCGACAUCUUCCUCGGAAUGGAGGCCCUCGAAGACGCAUUCGAAGCCCUCCACCUAAAAGCCGAAGUCGUCCGACACGCCCUCCGCGAACGCGGUGCGGGACUCGCAGUCGCGAACCAAAGUCGGCGCGGCUCAACCGUCGAAGCGCGCAUGGGCACACCUUUCUCCGUCAAUGCGUGGGAAAGCGGGACUGACGAUGGCAUCUUUGAUGAUGAUCGCUCACUUGCUCCGGAUGAUUCGGCCAGUAACAUCAGUUCGAAUCGGAGGAGGAGACCGAAGAGACGGACUGAGCGACGCACCCCUGCUCCUGUUGAGGAGGAGGAUGAAGAGGAUGAUCGCUCGCCUAUUGCCGGUCGUCGCGAUUCGCGGAAUUCGCGACGCAGAUAA